UCCUUAAACGUCUCUUGAUUUUCGGGGCUCGAGAGUUUCCUGAAAAACGACGACCUUGACUUUUGGUACUGUUUGACAGCUACAAACUAACCCUUGGUUCGAUGCCCUUCAGUGCGGACGAAUCCUUUAUAUAACCGGUUUACACAUUUUACAAUAUGCUGCCGAUUUCUACGAGCGUGCGGCCGCGACGCGUUUUUAUAACACGUGAAUUCGUGAUCGAAUGACAUUAAAAAAAAGAACUAGUUUUAACCUUCGUAUUCUUACGUUUCGACCUUCUGGUUUGAGAUCGUGUACGGAGUAAUAAUAAGAAAGUAAAUUUACAAACAAAACAUAACAUAUUUAUGGACAAUACUUAUUAUUGUAAUUGUAUAAUGAGUUAUAAACAAGAAAACUAUAAUAAAUCAUGGAAAACAUUGAAGAUUAAACGAAAAUGUUUAUAAACGUGAUUAAAUAAGAUUGAUUACUGAUCAAAAUAAAUAUGUCAAAGACUAUUGAUAGUAUAUGUAAUAAUAUGGUGUAAUAGAUAAUACAAAUGGAUUUCUUUUGUAUUAGAUAGUUUUCUUGCUAAUCUAACUGUUACAAAAUAUUGCUGUGGAGGUUAUAUUAUCAUGUGAAAAAUGUAGAACAUUCAAAAGAUAGAAUUACUUUUUUUAUUCAUUUUCUUUAAUUUAUAAUGUUUUUGUCAAUUUAUUAUAGUUUUUUCUCUUUAUAAUUUAUUAUGCAUAACAAUAACUCAAAUAUUGUGUACAAAUCUACAACUUAUGUUUUAUUUAUAGGCUUACUUUCUUGCUAUUAUUCCAAACGUGAUUUCAAACUACAAGGUUGAUGUGUAAUAAGAUAAAGACUUCUUUAGAUUGAAAAAGUUUGUUUAGUGAUAUACUAUUUUUCAUUGUGUGAUUUAAAAGAAGCAAACAGUCUAUGUUCUGUAUUCAUCUACACUACGUUCAUAUUACCGAAGCUUAUCACGUACAAUUGAAAACUACGCUGAGAAACCAUGAAUGCUUCAGAACAUGGGUUUAACCCAGCCUUUAACAUGGCCUCCAUAAAACAAGCUUUUAAUGAAGCAGUGGAAAGAGUUUCAACAGUUAGAAUGCCUGCUCCAACACGAUUGAGGGAUCUCAUCAGACAAAUAAGGGCUGCACGGACAGCAGCAGAAGAAAGGACAGUUGUUAAUAAAGAAUGUGCAUAUAUCCGCUCAACAUUUAGAGAAGAAGACAGUGUAUGGAGAUGUCGCAAUAUUGCAAAGCUCUUGUAUAUUCAUAUGCUUGGAUAUCCAGCCCAUUUCGGCCAACUAGAAUGUUUAAAACUUAUUGCUUCUCCAAGGUUUACAGACAAACGAAUUGGUUACCUAGGUGCAAUGUUACUUUUAGAUGAACGGCAAGAUGUUCACCUUUUAAUUACAAAUUGUUUAAAAAAUGAUUUAAACAGUUCAACACAAUUUGUUAUUGGUUUAGCAUUAUGUACUUUAGGUGCAAUUGCAUCACCAGAAAUGGCAAGAGAUUUAGCAUCUGAAGUUGAAAGGCUGAUGAAAUCGCCAAAUGCAUAUAUACGGAAAAAAGCAGCCCUUUGUGCGUUUAGAAUUAUUAGACGUGUACCAGAAUUGAUGGAAAUGUUUCUGCCUGCUACUCGCAGCUUGAUCACAGAAAAGAACCAUGGUGUAUUAAUUACAGGUGUUACACUUAUCACAGAAAUGUGUGAAAACAGUGUCGAUACAUUGAAUCAUUUUAAGAAGGAAUGCGGCCAUCGAGAGAUUGUGCCAAAUCUCGUGAGGAUUCUCAAGAAUUUGAUACUGGCUGGGUAUUCCCCAGAACACGAUGUGUCUGGAGUGUCUGAUCCUUUCCUUCAAGUGAAGAUAUUACGUCUUUUGCGAAUUUUGGGACGUAACGAUAUCGAUGCGUCCGAAGCAAUGAAUGAUAUACUUGCACAGGUUGCUACUAAUACUGAAACUAGCAAAAAUGUCGGCAACACAAUAUUAUACGAAACUGUAUUAUCUAUUAUGGACAUAAAGUCGGAAAGUGGACUUAGAGUGCUGGCGGUAAACAUACUAGGCCGAUUUUUAUUAAACAAUGAUAAAAAUAUCCGAUAUGUUGCUUUGAACACAUUACUGAAGACAGUUUAUGUAGACACAAGUGCAGUACAAAGACAUCGUUCAACGAUCCUGGAAUGUCUGAAAGAUCCAGAUGUGUCGAUUAGAAGACGAGCAAUGGAACUCAGUUUUGCACUAGUAAAUUCUAAUAAUAUUAGAAACAUGAUGAAGGAAUUAUUACUUUUCUUGGAACGCGCUGAUCCAGAAUUUAAAGCUCAAUGCAGCAGCAAUAUAGUAAUGUCUGCAGAGAGAUUCGCGCCAAACAAACGUUGGCAUCUCGAAACAUUAUUUAAAGUUCUUGUUGCUGCUGGUAAUUAUGUCCGAGAUGAUGUAGUAGCAUGUACUAUCCAGUUAAUUUCGGAAACACAGUCACAGCAAGGUUAUGCUGUUACUGCGCUGUGGAAAGCACUAGAAAAAGAUACAUUUGAUAAACAACCUUUAGCCCAAGUAGCAACAUGGUGUAUUGGCGAAUAUGGAGACUUGUUAUUGUAUGCACCACCAUCAGAAGAUAUAGAUGCUCCAGUCAAUCUGACAGAAGAUGAAGUUAUCGAUGUCUAUCAGAGGUUAUUAUGGAGUCCACAGAAUACAGUUGUUACAAAACAGUAUACCUUGUUGUCUCUCACAAAACUUAGUACAAGAUUCCAAAAAGGAAACGAAAAAAUUCGUCAAAUAAUUGAUACGUUUGGGAGCAAUUUACAUAUUGAAUUGCAGCAACGAGGUAUUGAGUUUUCACAGUUGUUCAGAAAAUAUGAUCACUUACGACCCGCAUUGCUCGAAAGAAUGCCUCCUAUGGAAACAGCGAGACCACAGGCUAAUGGCAUUAUUGGUUUGGUAAAUGGUGAACCAGAACCAGAAGAAGAAAAAUCAACAAUUCUGGAAGCGAGUACACCGCCAUCUGAUUCAAGUGCACUUCUAGAUUUGCUUGGAACUACAGACUUAGGAAUGACUUCUACAGUACCAAAUAAAAACUCACCCACUAAUUCGACGGCUGUAGUAAACAAUAAUGACCUCUUGGAUUUACUUGGUAGUUUGGAUUUAAGUGCACCUACGUCUACAUCUCCACUGCCACAGACACAAACGCCAACACAAGUAUUCAGUCCUACUAACACAACCAACUUUUUAGUGGACAGUUUACUUAAUUCAUCAUCAAUUCAAAAUGACACACCUACCAUGGUUGUAUUAGACAAAGCAGGACUUAAAAUAACCUUCAAAUUAGAAAGAGCACCAGAUAUUACUGAUCUAUUAAUUAUACAUAUGUCAGCUCAGAAUUCUGGGAGUGUUAUAUUAACUGAUUUUCUGUUUCAAGCGGCAGUUCCUAAGACAUUCCAACUACAAAUGUUGUCUCCGUCGAGCACAGUCAUUCCUCCUUCCGGACAAGUUACACAAACACUGAAAAUUGCAAAUAUGAACAAAGUACCUCUAAGAAUGAGAUUACGUAUCUCAUAUACUGGACCAGCAGGACCAAUCUUGGAACAAGCUGAAGUAAAUAAUUUUCCUCCCUUAUCACAGUGACAACAUAUAUUAUGGAAGACAAUUGUACAUAUGCCUGUCUAAAUAAGUAAUUGAGUCUGAAAUAGACUGAAACCCAAUCUCAUGUUUUCAUCGGGUAAAAAGAAACAUAUUGGUAGAAACACAUUUAAGAUAAAUCUUUCCGAUUGAUUAAACCGAUAUUUCUUCAUACAUAGCACGAAUUUGAUAAGGUACAAGUUCGUAACGAAUUUUAAUGUUUUUUUAAACAUUCAUAAAGGUACUUUUCUGCUCACGAGCCAUAUUUUAAACUUGUGAAACAUACAAACAUAUAUCAAUUUCUCAUAUGUACAAUUUAUGUAAGUAUGUUUCAGUGUGGAAAGUAUUUUAAUAUUUUUUCUAGACACAAUAGGAUGAUGAAAUAUUUUUUGAAUUUUUAGACAACAGCGCAAUACAUACUUAUUUUUUGUAUUUUUAAACAAAUAUUGUUGGCGAAUUGGUUGAUCGUAUCAUUGAUUAUACAAGGUGUCUACGCUAAAGUGUGACAGUCGGGAUAUUUCAAUAACUAUUAAUGAUACGAAAAAAUUUAAAAGAUAUGAUUUAUUUUAUUAUAUAUAUAUACGAUAGUGCUUUCCAAUACGAAUUUAUUAAACUUUAUUGUGUUCACCCGAUUUUAAUAAUUUUCAAGAUAUGACUCUUAGAAAUUUACUAAUUUUCUGCGGAGACAUCUUGGCUUGAGUGGUAAGUUAUAAAAGCGGUCCUAUUGUUGCGGUGUUUGACUCUGGUUGUUGAAACCGAUAGCAAGAGUCUACGUCCGGAACGGCAGGUCUGAAAAGUAGGAAACAUGAAAAAUAUUGUCCAUCGCGGUCUACGUUUGAGGAUGAGGUAAACUUAAAAAUCGGGUGAAUACAUUAAAGUUUAAUAAAUUCGUAUUGGAAAGCACUAUCGCAUGACCCAACAAAAAAUAAAUCAUAUCUUUUAAAUUAAUAACAUAAAAUAAUUUUAAUUUGCGCCACAAUAGAGAUCCCAUUUUAUCCUGCAAUUUACAUGUAAACAAUUUUUUAUAUCAUCAAUAGUUAUUGAAAUAUCGCGACUGUCACACUUUAGCGUGGACAUCCUGUAUAAGUACGUAAAUAAUUUAAAUUAACGCUUGUUGAGCAGAUGGUAUGAUAUUCAUUUUGAAGUCUUUCAGAAUUAGUAGAAUUUAUUACUAGAAUGAAGUUGACAAAUUUCAAUGCAAAGAAAGGAAUGUAAAAUUUCUCUUGUACUAUGCUGCAUGCAUGUGAGACAUAUAAAUAUUUUCUCUAAUUGAAUAUAGAAACAUAGAACAAUAAUA